AUGACAAGGCUUAAUAUUUCUUCCCCAAAGCUGGCUCGCAUCGACGCAAAACAGAAAUACGAUGCCAAAAUCCGAAGCGGGACUUCCCGCUUUGCAAGAGCCACCAUGACCGGCGCCGGCACGCCCACUCGCAAUCCUACACGAGGAAUUCUACCAACGGUUAAUAUUAAUAAUCCACGUUCUCAGUUAUCGUUAGUGCGCGGAGAUAUUGCGGAGAGAGGAGGAAUCAAGUUUGGGCAGUCCUCGGAAGGCCGAGCCCUCGCCUCGAAUGGCACUGUGCGCUCUCACCGCGGGGUCUCCACUAUAUGGAAGAACGGUCUAGCCCUCGAGUCCACCACCACCACGCGUUCACAUGUCCAUAUCGGACGGAACGAGACCGAAAACGAGGACAACAGAAGUGAAAAUGACGAUGAUUCCAACCAAGGCUCGGAAAACGAACAUAGCGAUGAAAUAUGGGGAGAUGAGCGGACUUUGAUUGACGAUUUGAUGGGAUUCGACGAUCAUGUAGCACAUCUGAGCGCAUACAUUCGUUCUCGUGCCAGCUCGAUCCACGAUAAAACCAAACGACAAGAAGCGCUCACGGACGCCCUCAAGGCACACUUCUCUUCUCUUUCCAUUUCCAUCAGACAAGACCUAUUAGAUGGGGUUGCCCCUGUUAUUGACAACCUCGCGACAACUAUCGCUAUUCUGCGCAAGGGUCCUGAUAAUGAAUACCAGGAUGGUCUAACUGCAUUCAAUCAGACAGCCCAGAACGCGAUCGACACAAACCUUUCUCUUACUGAACAGUUUGGAGAACUCAAGGACCAAUCACUCGUGAGUUCCGCCUACGUAUCGCCGUAUGCAAUCCCAUUAUCAACCCCUUCCCCCCCCCACCCCCACCCACAGACAUGCUUGAAGAGUAUUGUGGGAAGAAUUGAAACGGAACGUGCUUGCCGCACGGAGCUUUGUCAGAGUUUCAAGGCGCAGUAUCGGGAGAUCUGUUCCCGUAUCCAGGAACGUCUCGCCCGUGCCGCGGGUGAAGACAUGGAUCGAGCAGCUAUGGUAGCUGAGUCUCGUGCCAAUGCGCUUAUCAAUGGCAAAGACAAAGAUAAGGCGAAAAUGCGCCAAAAAAUACUAAAAGCAUUCGCUUAA